UGGGUGACUUGAGUGCCAGGAGAGCUUUGAAUAACAGAGAGAGAGGGGAGAAAUAAAAGGAAUAAGCACCACAAGCCCUCAGUCUUCCAGCAGCAAAGAGAAGACACAGGAAUAACCAUGCCUGAACCAGUCCCUGCAGCUAAGCCGGAGGGGGAGGCCCCAGAGGAGCCAGUCGGAGAGGAAUUACCCCCCGCAGAUGGAGCAGACUCAGAAACUGAUGGGGAUGAACCUGGGUCGACUGAGCUCACUGGGCUCUUCGUCGAGAAGCCCCCAGAAAAUGUGGUUGCUUUCACAGGAUCGGAUAUCACUUUUGUGGCCAAGGUUGACUCCAGCACUCUGACAAGAAAACCCGCAAUGAAAUGGCUCAAGGGCAAAUGGAUGGACCUUGGUAGCAAGGCUGGGAAACAUUUCCAGUUCAAAGAAACCUAUGACAGAAAUACCAAGAUCUAUACUUAUGAAAUGAAGAUCAUCAAAGUGGUCCCUGGAGAUGCUGGAGGCUACAGGUGUGAGGUGACGGCAAAGGACAAGUGUGACAGCUCCACCUUUGAGAUCUCUGUAGAGGCUGCACAGCAGGAGGAGAAGGAGGAUAUUUUGUCUGCCUUCAAGAGAGCGGAUGCUGGAGAGGACGAGGGAGAUCUGGAUUUCAGUGCUCUGCUGAAAGCCACUAAGAAGAAAAAGAAACCUGAGAAAGAGGAACCCGACAUAGAUGUGUGGGAAUUGCUUAAGAAUGCCCAUCCAAGCGAGUAUGAGAAAAUCGCCUUUAAGUAUGGCAUCACUGACCUGAGGGGCAUGCUGAAACGUCUGAAAAAGAUGAAGGUCGAGCCCAAGCACAGCGAGGCUUUCCUGAAGAAGCUUGAAUCUUGCUACUCAGUGGAAAAAGGCAAGAAGAUUGUCUUGAGGUGUGAGGUUGUUGAUCCCGACGUCCAGGUCAAAUGGUUGAAGAACGGCCAGGAGAUCAAACCCUCAGCCAAGUAUGUCAUGGAGGCAAACGGGAAUGUCAGAACACUUACCAUCAAUAAGACGACCCUAGCCGAUGAUGCUGCAUAUGAGUGUGUGGUUGGCGAGGACAAGUGUUUCACAGAGGUGUUCGUCAAAGAGCCCCCCGUGACCAUCACCAAGCUCAUGGAUGACUAUCAUGUGGUUGUGGGAGAGAGAGUGGAGUUUGAGAUCGAGGUAUCGGAGGAGGGCGCCCACGUCAUGUGGUUCUUUGAGGAUCAAGAACUUCACAAAGACAAAGAUAUGAAGUAUCGCUUCAAGAAGGAUGGAAAGAAACACAUGCUCAUCAUCCAAGAGGCUACCCUGGAUGACAUCGGAAUGUACCAUGCUUGGACUAAUGGGGGGCACACCAAAGGAGAGUUGGAGGUGGAAGAAAAACAGCUGGAGGUGCUGCAGGACAUUGCUGAUCUGACAGUGAAGGCAACAGACCAGGCUGUGUUCAAGUGCGAGGUGUCUGAUGACAAGGUCACAGGAAAGUGGUUCAAAGAUGGAGUGGAGGUCUUGCCGAGUGACCGCAUCAAAAUGACUCAUGUUGGAAGGUUUCACCGGCUGAUUAUUGAUAAUGUGAAGCCAGAGGAUGCUGGAGACUACACAUUUAUUCCUGAUGGAUAUGCUCUGUCACUUUCUGCCAAACUCAACUUCUUGGAAAUUAAGAUUGACUAUGUGCCAAGACAAGAGCCUCCAAAGAUCCACCUGGACACCACUGGAAACAUGGUCUCCCAAAACACCAUCAUUGUGGUGGCGGGCAACAAGCUCCGCUUGGAUGUGGAGAUCACAGGAGAACCAGCACCCACUGUUGUCUGGUCUAAAGGAGAUAAACCAAUUACAGAGACUGAGGGGCGCAUAAGGGUGGAGUCCAGGAAAGACCUGAGCUCCUUCGUCAUAGAGGGGGCAGAGAGGGACGAUGAGGGCAACUACACCAUCUGUGUCACCAACCCUGCUGGAGAGGACAAGGCUGUUCUGUUUAUUAAGAUUGUGGAUGUGCCUGACCCCCCUGAGCAUGUUAAAUGCACAUCAGUGGGAGAGGACUGCGCCACCAUCGUUUGGGAGGCUCCUAAAUUUGAUGGUGGUGCACCAGUCAAAGGUUAUCUCAUGGAGAGGAAGAAGAAAGGUUCCUCCCGAUGGACAAAGCUUAACUUUGAUGUGUAUCCAUCGACCACCUAUGAGGCUAAGAGGAUGAUUGAAGGCAUUCUGUAUGAGAUGAGGGUGUUUGCCGUCAACAGCAUUGGCAUGUCUCAGCCAAGUCUCAACUCCAAACCUUUCAUGCCUAUUGCCCCAACUAGUGAGCCAACGCGUUUGACAGUGCAUGAUGUGACAGACAGCACAUGCAGCCUCAAGUGGCUCGCGCCAGAGAGGAUUGGUGCUGGAGGCCUGGAUGGCUACGUUAUUGAAUACUGCAAGGAAGGAGCCACUGAGUGGGUGGUGGCAAACCAGGAACUUUGUGAGAGACAGGGAUUUGUGGUGCGUGGCCUCCCUGUGGGAGAAAAGAUCAACUUCAGAGUGGUGGCGGUAAAUGUUGCUGGACGCAGUCCUCCUGCUCUUCUGUCACAGCCUGUCACCAUCCGUGAGAUUGUUGAACAUCCAAAGAUCCGCCUUCCUCGCGAGCUGAGAACAAAGUACAUCAGAAGAGUGGGAGAAAAGAUCAACCUGGUCGUCCCCUUCCAGGGUAAGCCACGCCCUGUCGCAUCCUGGUACAAGGACGGUCAACCCAUUGACCCCAAGAUGGUCAACGUCCGUAACUCAAAUGUGGAUACCAUCCUCUUCAUUCGCUCGGCAGAGAGAGAGCACUCUGGAAAAUAUGAGCUGGUUCUACAGAUUGAGAACUUGGAGGACAGAGCCACCAUCGAAAUCAGGGUUGUCGAAAAACCUGGGCCUCCAGUGAAUGUGAGGGUGACAGAUGUCUGGGGAUUCAACGCAGCACUGGAGUGGGAGCCCCCGAAGGAUGAUGGCAACUGUGAGGUCACUGGAUACACCAUCCAAAAGGCGGACAUGAAGACCAAGGAAUGGUUCACUGUUUAUGAACAUAACAGACGGACAAACUGCACAGCCUCAGAUCUGAUCAUGGGCAAUGAGUACAUGUUCCGCGUCUACAGUGAAAACCUCUGCGGCCUGAGUGAGGAGCCACGCCUCAGCAAGAACACGGCUGUCAUCGCCAAGACAGGCCUGGAACUCAAAGCAAACCCCUACAAGGAGAAAGACAUGAACUGCAUGCCCAAGUUUACUCAACCCUUAGUUGACAGAUCUGUAGUGGCCGGUUACAGCACUGCCAUCAGUUGCUCCGUGAGAGGCUUCCCUAAGCCUAAGAUUAUCUGGAUGAAGAACAGAAUGAUCAUCGGUGAGGAUCCCAAGUACUUGAUGCAGAACAACCAAGGAGUGCUGACCCUCAACAUUCGUAAGCCAAGCACCUUUGACGGGGGCAAAUACUCCUGCAUGGCCGUCAACGAGCUGGGCCAGGAUGAAGUGGAGUGUAAGCUGGACGUCCGAGUUGCCACAGACCUGGACAAGAAGUGAGAAACCAAACAGCAAAGAAUGUGAAAUGACAUGAACCAAACAGUGAAUGAACAAUGAAUGUCACUAUGUAGAGUUCACACUGUCAAGAGUGAAAUAAAAUUUAGUGAUGCCUGCUAAAAAUAA